AUGCAUUUCUCAACUGUUCUUGGCGCCACUGCACUGGCUACCCUCGCCAACGCAAGCCCUCUCGUUCGCCGUCAAGGUCCCGCCGUCGGCCAAGUCAUCUCAAAGUGCACACAGAACGGCGUCGUCGCCCUCACCUUUGACGAUGGCCCCUUCACCUACACCUCCCAGCUCCUCGAUACGCUCGCCGCCAACAACGUCAAGGCCACCUUCUUCGUCAACGGCAACAACUGGGGCAACAUCGAGACGGCACCCGGUCCGGACAACAUUCGCCGCAUGAAGGCCGAGGGCCACCUUAUCGGCUCCCACACCUACUCCCACCCAGACCUGAGCACCCUCUCCUCGGCGGACCGCAUCUCCCAGAUGACCCAGCUCGAGGAUGCUACUCGCCGCAUCGCCGGCUUCGCCCCCAAGUACAUGCGCGCGCCGUUCCUGUCCUGCGACGCCGCGUGCCUGAGCGAUAUGGCCAGCCUGGGCUACCACGUCAUCGACACCAGCCUCGAUACCAAGGAUUAUGAAAACGAUACCCCCGAGACCACGCACAUCUCGGCUGAGAAGUUCAACAACGAGCUCAGCGCCGACGCCGCGGGAAACAGCUACAUUGUCCUCUCGCACGAUGUACACCAGCAGACUGUUGUUUCUCUGGUUCAGAAGAUGAUCGACAACCUCAAGUCGAAGGGCUACCGCGCCGUCACUGUCGGAGAGUGCCUCGGCGACGCUCCCGAGAACUGGUACAAGGCCUAG